AUGGCUUACGAAGAUAUUGUUCCGAUUGGAACUGUGCUCAUAGUCGCAUCCGUCUCUUUCGUAAUUGGCACCAUAUAUGGUAACCUCCCAUACGACUUCUUCGUGUUGUUUUCCUCGGAAGCUACAGAGGCGCACUUUGACGCUGCUUUGAAGCACUACCAACUCUGGGGCUCUGGACCUGCUUGGAUAAUCCACAUUUUGCACUUUGUUGUCUUCCUGGGAUUUACUGGCUGCUUUAUCAAAAUAUACAAGCCGGUUACUGACAUCAAGCUAUUUGAAUACGGCUCUCUCUUUGCCUUACUUUUGGCCACAUGUGUUUACCUUACCAACAUCCGUGUCGGCGUUGAGUCUGCCGUUUCGGGUAUCUGGGGUGACAUUGACCAGAACACUGGUCUAGGCGUCAUCGUGGCAAGCGAGCUUAUGGUGCUCGUACUUUUGGUUGGAGUUUUAGUGCUGCAGGCCGGGAUGUACUAUGCUACCUACGCUGACCGUAAGAUCAAAGAGGAGUAUCUGAAGGGUGAGGCAGAGGAGAAGGCCGCCGCAAAGGCUGCAAAGACUAAGCCAACUGCAACAAGCACCGGGGUCGAGACGAGAUCGAAGUCUAAGAAGAAGGUUUGA